AUGACAGCGUCCAUCUACGGCGGGGACACGAACUACAUCCGGGUCUCGCGCAAGUACACGAUCACCUUCAACUGCAACUUCAACUUCUUCUACUACCCGUUCAACGUCGACCACUGCAGCAUGAUCUACAGGGUGAAGCGCAACACCCUCAACUACGUGUCUCUGCUGAAGUACGGCUCGGGCAUCAACUACGACAACAACGAUAAGCUGGUCGAGUACGCCGUCGGGAACAUCGACGUGGCCAAAUUCGACACCGAGGAGCCUUACUCGGGGCUGCAGGUCACCAUCCAGCUGCAGCACCUCUUCGCCUCGCAGGUCCUCACCAUCUUCAUCCCGACGACCAUCAUCAACCUCAUCACCUUCGUCACCUACUUCUUCAAGUGGUACGACUUCCAGAACCGCGUGAUGGUCUCGCUGACCGCCCUCCUGGUCCUCAUGACCCUGUUCUCCCAGGUGGCCGACGCCCUCCCCAGGACCUCGUACUUCAAGCUCGUCGACGUCUGGUUCUUCGUCUCCAUCCUCUACACGUUCCUCGUCAUCGUCUCGCACACGGUCGUCGAAGUCUACCACAAGUACGACCACGACGUCCUCAGAGAAUUCGGCGACUGGGGCGGCGGCGGCUACCGGCAGGACAAGAAGGGCAUCCGAGAAAUCGAGGACGCGCCCCCUAGGACGUGGCAGGAGAAGCUGAAGGACCUCCUGUACCGCAUGCCGAGGGCGCCGUCGCCGAGGAACCCGAACUCGUGGCCGAUCCUCCUGAACAGGGCGGCCGGCAUCCUGACGUCUCUCUUCUUCGUCGUCUUCAACCUGGUCUUCUGGAGCAUGGCGUUCAUGCAGAAGAUCAGCGCGUACUACAUGGACUUGGAAAGAGUGCAGGUGAUUGAGGAGAUUGUGGGAUACCCGUAG